CAUUCUGCAAUCCUCCUUGUAAGAACAAUGGGCUGUGUAUGAGGAACAAUCUGUGCUCCUGUAUGGAGGGUUAUGUUGGAAGAAGGUGUCAGAAAAGUAUCUGCAAUCCAGUGUGUAUGCAUGGUGGGCGAUGCAGCAGGCCCAAUGUUUGUGACUGUCCGUUUGGCUGGAAAGGAAAAUGUUGUAGUAUACCUGUGUGUCUACCCAGCUGCAUGAAUGGAGGUGAAUGUAUAGGACCUAAUGUUUGCCAGUGCUCAGAAGGAUGGGCAGGCCUCUUAUGCCAGAUUCCUCUUUGUGAACCAAAAUGUCUGUUUGGAGGCAGAUGCAUCCAGCCAAAAGUUUGUGCAUGUAGAAGUGGAUAUGGUGGUUUUGACUGUGGAAAGAAGCUCUCCAUACGAUGACGAAAACAACAGGACAGUGAAGAUGCGCAUUUUAAUACUAUUGUGCAACUUUUUUUUUCAAAGACUGACUGAGAGCACACUGCAAAGGGCUAGUAAAUUUCUCAUGCCUCCUGCUCCUUCCGAGCACUAAGUUCAUGGAGAAAUUACUGAUUUCAGAAGGUACUCCAGAAACUUUAGCAAGUUGCUAGUGUCCCAUUAGAUGAUACUUCACUUUUGCUGUCUGCCACAACCUCAGCUAUUUGCUGCCUGCAAGUGCCAAAUUCCACAGUGACUUUGUUGGAUGCUGAAAAUAAUGCAUUGCGUUCUGCUAGAUGUGAGUAUUCUAAAACUACCAAUAUUGGAGAUGACACUAUUUCCCCAUUAUAUUCUUUGUUGUUUCUCCUGCUUAUUCCACCAGGACAUACAUCAAAAGAGAUGAGAAUUUCACUUCCUUUCCUUAACAGAAUUGGUUUCUCCCCCACAUCUCACAAUAUUACUUCCAUGCCAUGUUUUUGUGCACAGCUUUACUGAUGUGCUACAUAGUCCUGACUGAAGCAUAUGUACCAUAACAUCAGGAUUACUUUUGUAUUUUUCAUGUGUUUUAUCAUAGCAAAAUAUACACUGGAAAUAAAAAGAGAGAAAAUAAAUAAGAAAGAGCAAAAGGAACUGGAAUGUAUGCACAGUUUACUGGACUACAUUCAGAACUGAAAUAAUAGCAUGGAACAUUUUUAAUAUCUUGGUUGUCCUUUAAGAAAACUCCAAAAUAUAAGAGUUUGGAUAAAGAGAAUUUCUGAAUAAAUCCAAAUCAAAAUUUGUGUG